AUGCCACGUUAUGACGAGAACGACAUGGCCGCAGCGAUUGCCGACGUGGCGCAGGGCGUCCCGGUAUUGCGUGCGGCUAAAAAAUGGCAUGUUCCAAGAUCUACUCUCCGCGGCCGCCUAACGGGUACGACACCAAGAUUUAUUACAAACACUAGUUUUCAGAAGCUCUCUGUGUCCCAGGAAACGGCUUUAGAAACAUGGAUUUUGGGUCAAGAGGCCUUGGGCUAUCCCCCUACGCAUUCAGAGAUUCGCCACAUAGCCGAAAAAGUCCUCCUCGCUUCCGGCCAGCCACCAACGCUCGGUAUCAAAUGGGUACAGAAAUUUCUACGGAGAUAUCCUUCACUUAAGGUCCAUAGACCUCGCAAAAUCGAUUCUGCGCGUAUCCAUGGGGCUACAACUGAAGUUAUUCGCAAAUGGUGGCCGCGCCUCCAAAAUCCAACUACCUCCGCCAUUAAACCCGAAAAUCGCUGGAAUAUGGACGAAACCGGUAUUAUGGCCGGGCAAGGAAGUAACGGGUUAGUGAUUGGAAGCAAUUUUACUCGUUCAAUUCAACGUAAACAGCCUGGAUUACGAGAAUGGACAUCAUUUAUCGAAUGCAUCUCGGCUACUGGAAAAUCCCUUCCACCGUUGUGCAUUUUCCGUGGGAAAACCGUGCAACAACAAUGGUUCCCUAGCAACGAAUUGCAACGAUUUGAAGGGUGGAAAUUCACGGCUACCCCAAAUGGCUGGACGGACGAUAAUACCGCUGUUGAAUGGUUAAAAUCUGUCUUUUUACCCAUGAGUACGCCCGAAGUAGCGGGAGACCCACGGUUACUUAUCCUCGACGGCCACCAUAGUCAUGCGACCCCUGAAUUCAUGACUGAAUGUUUUAAAAAUAACGUGUUUAUCGUUUAUUUGCCACCUCAUAGUUCCCACGUCCUUCAGCCUCUGGAUUUAUCAGUAUUUUCAGUACUAAAAUCGGAGUACAGAAGACGUUUAACCGCUACGGGAUUUGUAACCGAUUCAACAGUUGUGGGCAAGCGAUUGCUACUUCAAUGCUAUUAUGAGGCACGCGGACGUGCAUUCAAAGCUACUAUUAUUCGUUCUGGCUUUAAAACGACCGGUUUAUGGCCUCUCCGUAUUGCCAAACCGCUCAUGAACCCCCUACUAUUGGAAAACGCCAAUUCACAGCGCCAUAAAGCAGUAGGGCCCCAAAUUGUGGCUGCAUUGGAAUCAGGGGCUAUUGUUCCCGUACCCGAAACAGCAAAAAAAUCAUCACGAACGACAUGGGAGACUCCCGUACGGUCAUAUGAACUAGCUAGGCAACUAUCAACUAUACGUAGUCAGUCACGUGUAUCUCCUACCCGCCGAUCUUACCAUUUGAAGCUAAUUCGUGCCUGGGAACAAAAAGAAUUCGAUUCCGUACGAAAAGAUCGCCAAAUUGCGAUUUUGGAGGCAAAAUUGGAGGCGGCGCGACCGGUUAGAAGAAGGAAGGUGCAGAUGGACCCAAAUGAAGCGUUUGUUGACAUUCGGGACGUGGAGCUCACGAAUCUGAUCAAUCAGGAAAUGCCAUUGACAUCAGAAGAAUUGCCAGAAGAAGAGGAUUCGAAUGAUGUACUUGAUUGUAUUGAAGUGGUUCAUAUAGACUAG